UAUAUUUAUUUAUAUUUCAGAUAGAAAAUGAAUAUGGCUAAAAGUUUGUGGUUUUGUAGAAAAUCAAUUCCAAGUUUGCUUCACAAAAGUUUACCAUGUGUACCACGUAUUCUUGGUGAUCCUUUUCUGUAUCCUUCAAGAUAUAUUCAUACAUCAUUAAUACGUCAGGAAAAAGAUGACUCUAUCGUACCUGUUAAAGUUGCAGUUGGAAAAAAGGGAAUACUCUCAACCCGAACACAUCAGAAGAAUGAUGAACUACUGUCCUCAGGAGCUGUAGAGUUGGACUCAUUGCUAAUAGAAGAACAAUUAAUGAGUGAAGGAGAAUUUAAACGGUUUCCUGAUGAGGAGACCCCGGAUCUUCUUUUCAAUGGAAUUAAAUUUAAGGAUUUACCCUACGUAUUAAUGAGGCUUCAUAAACACAACACAAGACUAGUCGCCAGGCAUGCUGACCAGCGUUAUAUAUUCAUGAACUCCCCGGCAAUGCACGGUUUCACGAACGCCAAGAAGAGAACUUCAGUGGCCGGUCAAGUAGCAGGAAUGAUGAUGGGACAAAAACUUCGAAGUUACGGAAUUAAACACAUCAGAGUCCGGAUAAACGGGUUUAAUGCUGCAAGAGAAUCCACCAUCAAAGGAAUUACACAGGCCGGUAUCCAAGUAGUAUGCCUGGAGGAUCAGACUAAGGUUGAAUGGGGUUGGCCUCAGAGAGGAAAGGCCCGUCCUUCCAAGUAAAAAUGCGCCGUUCAAAUGUUCAAGGAAUCCUCCAAUGCGUAUUUUUGAUUUUUUGUAUCCUAAGAAAAUCCUCAUCAAUCUUUAGUACAACCAAACAAACCGAUGUAAUUUUUGUCAAAUAUUUCAGAUAAAAUGAAUUUAGUUCCGAUUGUGAGACAAGUUCUAGCUCCUAGGCUAUCAACUAGAUAUUUACACUGUACUAGACCCGUUCUGGUAAAGGAUAUAGAACACCGUGACGAGGGAAAGAGGAUAGUGGUGGAGGGGGUAAUCAAGGAGUCCCCCAGGGAGGGGUUGGUGGUCCACUGCUGUGCCCAGGAGGGAGGUCAUCAUAAAUGUCACCCAUUCUGUAAAUCAACUAUUGCACCUUUGGUUAAACACACAGACGUUUUAAUUCUUGAUCAAUUCCUUGAUGACAAAGGACAGUUGUAUAGUCAAGAAAACCUAGGGAUAUGUGCGCGUAUGUGGACAAGAUUAAGAAAGCUGACUGAAAUGUCACAACGGGCGGGGCUUAUGCCGGGAAAGGAAUUUUACUGCUCUGACAUAAGAGGGACUAAAUGGGGUUCCCAGAACAGCUACUGGGACGAGAAAACUAUUGAUAUUCAGUGGAAUAAGAAUAAGAAAAUAAAGCGCACCAUGCAGAUCAGAAGAGGGGUCUUCAACGAUUAGAGCACUUGUCUUAUAUGUUUUUGAACUGUUGUAUUUGUUAAAUAUGAAAUUACAAUGUUUGUAAAUUUACGCGGCAUUGUUUCAGA